AUGUGUAUAACAAAUUUGGCGAUGGAAGGACCUACACCUGUGUCAGCUCUAAUUCACGCUGCUACUCUAGUAACAGCUGGUGUUUACCUGAUGCUACGGUCAUCUCCUAUCAUUGAAUACGGACCUACAGUUCUUGUAGUUAUUACAUGGGUAGGUGCACUUACAGCAUUCUUCGCUGCUACAACAGGUCUUCUACAAAAUGAUCUAAAGCGAGUGAUUGCCUACAGUACAUGUUCACAAAUGGGGUACCUAUUUAUGGCUGUGGGGCUUAGCCAAUACAAUGUUGCGCUGUUCCACCUAGUAAAUCACGCUUUCUUUAAGGCACUACUAUUCCUUGCUGCUGGUGCUGUAAUUCACGGUAUGGCUGACCAACAAGAUCUUCGACGACUCGGAGGUCUGGUUAACUUCCUACCAUUUACAUACACAGCUAUUCUUAUUGGUUCACUAUCACUAAUGGCUCUACCAUUUAUGACAGGGUUCUAUAGUAAGGAUCUUAUCCUUGAAGUAGCACUAGGACAAUAUGAAGUAUCUGGUACUAUGGCCUAUUGGCUAGGUACAAUUUCAGCUGUAUUUACAGCCUUUUACUCAUUCCGACUAGUAUCACUAACAUUCUUCACUACACCUAAUGCACCUAAGGGUGAUUAUCUACAUGCACACGAAGCACCUAUGAUCAUUGUAAUUCCUCUGGUAAUUCUAUCAAUCAUGUCAAUUGUAUUUGGUUACAUUGCAAAGGACAUGUUCGUAGGAGUAGGUACUGAUUUCCUAUCUACAGCUCUGUACCAACACCCUGAUCAUAUUACACUAAUCGAAGCUGAAUUCGGUCUACCUCUGCUAAUGAAGCUACUUCCUGCUAUUGGUAGCCUAUUCGGUGCUGGUCUAGCACUAUAUCUAUACCAUGUAGUACCUGCAUUUACAAUUGGUCUAACAAACGGACCUGUUGGAUAUGCUGUAUACUCAUUCCUUAACGCUAAGUGGUACUGGGACGCACUAUUUAACGGUUUCAUUAUCAGUGCUUCACUACGAGUAGGUCUAGUUAUCUCUAAGGUACUUGACCGAGGGGUUAUCGAACUAGCUGGUCCAUACGGUCUAAGCACAGUUCUAACUGGUACAGGACGAUCUAUUGGUGCAUACGACACAGGUGUUAUUACAUCUUACGCUCUAUACAUCAUGCUAGGACUUGUAUCUCUAAUCUUCCUACUAUUCGCUCCUAUGGUUACUGGUACAGCUGAUACAGUAUUCGACGGUUACGGUCUAUCCCUAAUCCUAGUAUACCUAUCUGCACUGCUACUACUACCAUCAACAUCAUCACGAUCAUCAACACACUAA